CGCAGUGUGUACCCGCGGUGCAUGGUGGGGCCGUUGCCUCGGACAACCCGGGCCCUGGCCGCCCGGAGGAUGUGAGGAGCGGUUGCGGCGGCGGAAUGCACCGGGUCUCCGCGCCGUCCGCGCCCCUGGCGAGCCCCGACUACUACGAAAGACUGGGCCGCCUCCAGCACGGGCUGCGGGACAGUGAAAAGAAGAGAUUGGACCUGGAAGGGAAACUCUAUGAAUAUAAUCAAUCUGAUACAUGCAGAGUUAAGCUGAAGUAUGUAAAACUAAAGAAAUACCUGAAGGAAAUAUGUGAAUCAGAAAAGAAGGCUCAUACUCGAAACCAAGAAUAUUUAAAGCGGUUUGAGCAGGUCCAGGCUCACGUUGGACACUUUACCACAAGUUCAGAGAAGCUGCAAGAACUGAAGAUUGAAUAUGAGACUCAAAUUAAGAAGAUGCAGCUACUUUCAAAAGAUAGCCUGGGAAAAAAAGGUGAACUGAAAGAUGAAGACAGAGAAAAGGUUGUAAUGCCGGCAGAAAUUAACUCAGGGACCACCGCGUCAAGAGGAUUGUAUCAACCAGCAACAAUCUUUAUGGGCCGCCAAAUGUCAGCCAUCUCAGGCGUUGGAGAUUUCAGUACAGAGCAAAAAUCUCCCCAACCCACAAAGAACUUUUCAAUUCCUGACCCACAUUCACACCAACAGACAGCCCGGAGCAGUAAUGUGACAGACAGCUAUGUAGUACAAAUUCAUAGUGACACACAGUGCUUAAAUAAGUCUGACAGAAUAGAUGGAAAGACAUCUCUUCAGAUGGGUGAGAAAACACCAGUCACAGCCAGCGCAUUGUCUGAGGAGGAACAAACUCAUUGCUUGGAGAUAGGAAGCAAUGCACGUCAGGGCAAGAGUAAUUUAUCUGAAGGCAGAAAGUCUGCUGAACUCCAUUCCCCAUUACAGGAGAGAUUAAGUCCAGAGAACAGAACCACUGAUUUAAAGUGUGACAGUUCCAGCAGAUCAGAGGGAUCAGAGGGAGAAAUACUGACACGGGAGCAUAUUGAAGUCGAGGACGAAAGAGCCAGACCGCCAGUCUGUCUGCCAUCAGGCUCAGAAUACAGUGCAUCUGAAAACGAGUGUUCUCAAGAGAAGCAUCCUGCCUGGGAAGCUUCCUCAGAUCAUCCUCCUCGCCGGGACUCAGAGGCACAGGAGCCCUGCAGAAAAAUGUGGGAAGAGCAGGAGGAGAGUGAGAGCAGCAGCAGUGACCUCACAGUUUCUGUAAGUGAAGAGGAUCUGAUUUUAAGGAGUCCAGAACCACAGCCAAAUCCAGGUGACACGGUGGAGGAAGAAGAUGGAAUAGAGGCCUUAAAUUUAAUUCACUCCAAGCAAGAAAGAGACGCCCCGUCCACUGAAAAACAUAAUUGUAUUUUGCAAACCCUAAGCUCUCCAGAUUCAAAAAAGGAAUCCUCCACUAACUCGCCAACAAGAGAGUUUGAACAAGCACCAGCCUCAGGUUUAUGGAGGACACCAUCGGGUCAGCGUGUUGCCACCUUGAAAAGACAUGAUAAUUCUAUCCAAGAAGAGGUGGUCGCGAAGCUGUCUGAAGUUUUCCCAGUCAAAAAUGUGGACCGGAGGACAAGGGCAACAGCAUUAUUGAAAAAAGGCCUCACAGGAGAGCAUAAGGAUAGGUCGGCUGUUCACAGCAGCGAAUCAUCUUGCAGCUUGCCAUCCACUCUGAAUGACAACAGUGGAAUGAAGAACGGAAAGCCUGCUCUGUGGCUCAGCAGUGUUCCUACAAGGGAACAAGAAGUUUCCAGUGGCUGCGGAGACGAGAGCGCAGAAGAAAGCGUGACAGCGAGGAUGCCAGUCACAGAAACGAAAGCCUACCAGAUGCUGAAACAGUCUACCCUUCAGGACAGUGCACACCAAGCUAAAGAUGGAUUCCAGAAGGCCGAGGCAUCUGCAUCACAGCUGUCAGGUUUGAAUAUUGGCAGCGGUACAUUCAAGACAAAGACAACUCACAAGAUCUCUUCAGAAGCGAGUUUUUCAUCUAGCGAAGGCAGUCCUUUGUCAAGGCAUGAAAACAAAAAGAAACUAGCUACCAAUUUAAAGUCUAAAGCCUUCUGGGGCGAGUCUGACGACAGUAACUCAGAGAUCGAAGCUGCCUUACGUCCUAGAAACCAUAACACGUCCACCGAUGAUUUUGAUGAUUUUUAUGACUUAUAAGCUGUAACAUCUGUUAGAAAUAAAGUCUUUAAAC